ACCGCAAACAUCAGCCGAAAACGAUGUGCCGUUGAAAUGAUGCCAGGCCCCGACCCGUGCCCUGCGCCUUGUGACCCGUGACCGUGAUCUGCUUGCUCCGCUCCACUGCGGCAUGAAAUAACAACAGGUCUAAAUCGGAGCCCAAUGGCUUUCUGUUGUGGCAUGUAGGCAAUUGCUUCCAGCCGUCCGAUGCCCUACGGGGCAGGUGCUUCUGUGCGCGAGUCAUCUUACGGUGUCCCACUCACCUGCCAUACCUUAACAUGUCUUACUAUUAUGACAGCGACUAUGAAAGUGAAUAUGAUAGCGGAUGCGAGGGUGGGGGCUACAGCGUAGGCACCAGCUUGGUUGCCAGAGCUCUUUGCGCAUAGACGCCAGCACCGCCGCCUCGGCAUCGUGCCACGUGGUGGUGGUGGUGGUGGUGGUGGUGGACGCGUCUGGCUCUAUGCGCAAGCACGAUGUGCCGGGCCCCAACGGCUGCAUCUCGCGCAUUUCAGCCGUGUACGACUGUGUGGAACGGGAGCUGCUGGCGCCACAGCUCCAGCUGGGCCCGGCGGUUAGCGCCAUGGUAAUUUACGGUAGCCACUUGCUGGAGGAACUGACACUUGCACAGGGAUAGUGCGUGUGUGCUGUGGCGUGUAUGUGCUGCAGAGUCUGGAAGACAGGUAGAGCCUGUCCUCCCCAGCCGUCGGCCUAGGUCCGUGAUGUGAGAAGCUAGAUGGGUUGAUCCUGUCUUAGCGCUAGCCCUCUUCAUUACACCGUCCUGAGUGGUCGUCAGUCCUAGGCGCAAACUCAACACAUUGCUUCGGUGUGUGGGCACGCGGGCCGCGUCACGCAGCGUUGGCGAGAGCCACGGAUGGCCCUAAUACCGUGGGGGCGUGUCGCACCCGAGGAGGGCACUGUAACGUGUCACACCA